GGGAGGAGCUUCGGGAUUUUCCCCCGUUUCAGUGUGGAGUAAAGACGCGCAGGCAGAAGGACACAGAGGCAAAGGUGUCCCUGCUGCCUUUAAGGGGCUCCAGUCAAAAUGAGUCCACCGGACCUGUCCAACAGCACAGGAGAAGGGGAGACAUUUGACUUUGACGACCUGAUGCUGCAGAAUGGCUCUGUGGGUUUACUUCCUCCUGGGUUCUACACAGACAUCACCAAACACCUGUGGGUCCAGAUCACACUCAUCACAGCUUAUUCCCUCAUCAUCCUCCUGGGGCUUUUGGGAAACGCUCUAGUCAUUUACAUGAUUGUGCGUUAUAAAAAUAUGAGAACCGUGACCAACUUCUUUAUUGCAAACUUGGCGCUGGCGGACCUUCUGGUGGAUACGUUCUGCUUGCCCUUCACUCUGGUCUACACACUGCUGGACGAGUGGAAGUUUGGGGCCCUGUUGUGUCACACAGUUCCUUUUGCUCAGGCCCUGAGCGUGCACGUGUCAAUCCUGACUUUGACGGUCAUAGCUCUGGAGAGGUACCGCUGCAUUGUGUUUCACCUGGGCAGACGCCUGACGUGGCAUUCCAGCUUCAUCAUCAUGGCAUUAACCUGGACCAUGUCGGCCGUUUUGGCUGCACCUUUAGCCAUAUUCAGAGAAUAUCGUCAUGAGGAAAUCCUCUCCAUCAACCUCCGCAUUUCUGUGUGCUCGGAGAUGUGGCCACAUGGAACCAGCAGUAUCAUUUAUAGUCUGUCUAUGCUCCUCCUGCAGUACAUUAUACCUUUAGCGAUCAUCAGUUAUGCUUAUAUCUGCAUCUGGGUGAAGCUAAAGAAUCACAUCAGCCCAUCCACACGUAACGACAGCAUCAACCGCCGCAGGAAGACCACCAAGAUGUUAGCGCUGGUGGUGGUGGUGUUUGCUACCUGCUGGCUGCCCUUCCAUGCCUUUCAACUGGCCAGCGACCUGGACCUAGUGCUCAGGUUCAAGGAGUACAAGCUCAUAUACACUGUGUUUCAUAUAGUAGCCAUGUGCUCAACUUUCACCAACCCUCUGCUGUACGGCUGGAUGAAUAAAAACUACAGAAAUGGGUUUCUCAUGGUCUUCCGCUGUGAGGAUAAGCCAGAGUCAUUUCACCCAGAGGGUUCUUUCAGGACUCGGUCUACGAGACGGCAGACUCUGAAUGGUCGAAAUGGUGGUCACCCACCAACGGCUGUGUGAAAUAUAACCUCUCUGUAGAAUCUAAUGUAGAGCGCAGUGAAAACACCACUCCACUGCAUAGAGUUCUUUAAGCCUUGAAACUUGAAUGCUCUUAAUCUCCAUGUUACUGCUAGGCUUUAUUAAAGCUUUGCAUGCUAAUUUGCUCUAUGUAAAGCUCCUUCCAUUUUCAUGAUAAUGAAAUCUGUUAAAUGUGGAUAUAAUGUGUUGACCUUAGCGUACUGCAGUGUACCUCUUAAUGUGCUCAAAUGGUCUUGUCUAAAUUAUUGUGCCAUAUACCUCCAAGGACAAUGUUUUAGAAAGAUUCUAUUUAUACUUUAUGUGGUUUCGUUGUUUUGCACUUUAUGGUCACAUGUUCAAAGAAAAGUUCCUCAUCUGAGACUUUUUGUUUGUUCUGUUCUUGUUGUUCUUCGCUCUCAAACUUUUGUCCAGUCACAGAAGUGAAUUUUUCUUUUGCUCUUGGGUCCAAAGAAGGAAACCUUUGAACUGUGACGGUGGAUCUAGUCUCUGCAUUGCAGAAGAUAAAAGACUAUCUGUUUUCUUUCUAUCUAUCUAUUUUUGUUUGUAUUCUGACUGGGAAACAGUGGACUCACCACACGAUACUUAGAGAUGAUGUAAAGUCGCUGUGGGUCUCGCCAUAAACAUGUAGUGCCUCAUGGGUCAAAUAAAAGACACUCCUCGGUGUUUGGGAUCUUCACUG